AUAAUGAUAAUAAAUCACCAGAUGUUUAUGAUGAUGAUGAUGAUGACAAUGAUAAUGAUAAUGAUAUGUUUACGCUCGAUAUGUAUCGAUCAAUAGUGCCUCAUUUUGAUAUUUUAAAUUUGAUUCCAGUCGAUAUGUCUUCGGAAUCAAUCAUCACUACUACUGCUACUACUAAUACUAAUAGCCACAAUACUGCCCAUAGUAUAGCUUCCUCUUCUUCAUCGUCUUCAUUUAUGAAUCAAUCUGGUAAUCGUUUUGUGAAAUCGUUUUCCAAAAAUAAAUGGCAUAAAAUUGGUAAUAUUACCUAUGAUCAAGCAAAUUUAAAUACAAUCAUGUAUAUUGGUAUGGAUAAAUUGCCCAAUUAUGUUUUAUAUGCUACAAAUAUGAAUCAUCAAAAGCAAUACCAUCAUCAUCAUCAUCAUCAUCAUCAUCACCACCAACAGCAGCAAAAUAUUGUCGUUGAUAAUAAUGAAGAAAUGACUGUUAAUAUUGAUAAUAUCGAUGAUGAUCAUUUUACCACAUUACAUAUGAGUAGCGGCAGCGGCAGCGGCAGCAGUACCAGUAGCAGCAGUGGUAAACCACGUUUUCGUGUUGUCACCAAUAUUGCACCACCAUUUGUUAUUGAAUCAACUAAACUGGAUAAUAAUACAUGUCUUAUUGGUGAUUUUUGCCUUAAGGUUUUGACCAACGUACGUGAUGAUUUAAUAUCAAUAUUUACUGAUUUUCGUUCACAACGGCGACAAUUUGAAGGACAUAAUUAUCAGGUUAAUUGUUGUGCCGGUAUUGCCAUCGAUUUAUUGAAUGCCGUUGCAAGAGAUCUACAUUUUGAUUAUGAUCUUUAUUUGGUUGCCGAUGGUCUAUUCGGCAUACGUAAAGAUGGUAAAUGGGAUGGCGUUACAGCUGAUCUUGUUAAUGAUGUAGCACAUUUAAGUUUCACUGCAUUCAGUACGACUAGUUCACGUGUACAGGCUAUUGAUUAUUCGGUGCCAUUCUUUUAUUCCGGUGUAUCAUGUCUUUCAUCUGUUAGCUCCUAUUCGGAUGUACGUUUAUUGGCAUUUUUAAUACCAUUCAGUUAUGAACUAUGGGCAGCUAUAUUUGCAUCAUUAGUAGCAACAGCCAUUGCUGCUGCUAUUUAUGAAUGGUUUUCACCAUUCGGUCUGAAUCCAUGGGGCCGUCAACGUACAAAAAAUUUUUCAUUAGCCUCUGCAUUAUGGGUCAUGUGUUCAUUAUUGUUUAGCCAUCUUGUUGCCUUUAAAGCACCAAAAUCUUGGCCAAAUAAAGUUCUAAUCAAUGUUUGGGGUGCAUUCAGUGUAAUAUUUUUGGCUACCUAUACGGCCAAUAUAGCUGCACAUUUUGCUGGAUUUCUAUUGCCUGAAGUUAAUGAUUUUCAUGAUAGUAGUCUAAUGAAACAACGUACUGGUACAGCACGAAGUUCAGCAUCAGAAGGAUAUUUAAUGGAAAAAUAUACUGAACUAUGGCAUCAUAUACAACGAUAUAAAGUGGAUAGUUUUGAUGCUGGACUUGAAAGUUUACGGAAUGAUAAAUUGGACGUAUUGAUCGGCGACACGGCCAUAUUGGAUUAUUAUCGUGCCAAUGAUCCAGGAUGUAAUCUACGUUUAUUAGGUGAUUCAAUAUUUGAUGAUGCAUAUGCAAUCGGUAUGCAAAAAGGUUUUCCAUUUCGUGAAUCCAUUUCAAAUUUGAUACUAAAAUAUAAUGAAUAUGGUUUUUUGGAUCAAUUACAUCGUAAAUGGUAUGGCCGUGUACAUUGUUUAGAAUCAACAUCAUUAUCGAAACCAGAACCAUUGACUGUACGUGGUGUUGCCGGUGUAUUUCUUAUGCUUACCAUCGGUAUAUUGGUUGGCAUUAUUAUAUUGUUGGCCGAACAUUUUACAUUCAAAUAUCUAUUGCCUGGAUUGAGAAAAAAACCUAAAGAUUGUUUUUGGAAAAGUCCAAAUUUAAUGUUCUUUUCACAGAAAUUAUAUCGAUUUAUCAAUACAGUUGAAUUAGUGUCACCACAUCAUUCGGCAAAAGAAAUUAUCACCAAUCUUCGUGAAGGUCAAAUUGCAAGUCUUUUCCAGAAAAGUGUUAAAAGGAAAGCAAAAGAAGAAGCACGACGACGAAAAAGUAAAUCACAAUUUUUCGAAAUGAUACAAGAAGUUCGUAAAGUCGUACAUUUACAACAAACAGAACGUAGUAUGCAACAAGAUGAUGAUGAUCAUGAUGAUCAUGAUGAUGAUGAUAAUGAUGAUGAUGAUGAUGAUGAUUUAUCAUCAUCAGAUUUGAUUGAUGAAGAAGCGGCAUUGAAUACGAAUACAAAUAUGCGUGUUACUAGGCCAUCAUUUUCAUUAUCAAAAGAUGAACUUAUUGAAAUGGAAUUCAAUCAUCAGAAUCGUGUUUCAUCAAUCAGAUUUCGUGAACCGAAUGAUAUGAAUCAUGAUACAAUUUAUCAUCCACCAUCCAUACCACCAGCACCACCACCACCACCACCACCAUCAUCAUCAUCAUCGAUAGUAGAACGUAAAAGUAAAAGUAAUCUGAAAAUUUCAAACGAAUCAAAAAAAUUAAACAGUUCAACCGAUAGUCAACAGGAUGUGAUUGUUGAACAUGCACAUCGUCUACGUUAUCAUCAACGACGACGUCGAUCAAGCAGUAGUAGUACACAACGACAUUCGAAACAGAUGGAAACAGUACAAUCACGGCGAAAAAAAUUACUACAAACCCAUACACAUAGUACAUCGUUUAGUUUGGAAAACAUUUGUUUCGAAGGCAUCCUAUCAGAAGGAAUAAGUGAUCAGAAUGAAAAGCGAAAAAAUUUUCGCCGCAGACGUAUAUUAUCAUUUGAAGAUUUACCGGCAAUCAAAAAAGAAUUAAGUGAAUCAUCACAAGAAGGUGAUCAUUAUUCAAUGAUUGAAUCGGAACAAUAUCGUCAUUAUACAACAAAAUCAAUUAGACCGAUAAGAAAAUCAAAAUUAAAAUCAUUACGUCAUCAAACUAUGACCACAUCAUUAUCAUCAUCAUCAUCGGCUGCGGCGGCGGUGGCUGCGGCUCGAAGUAUUGAUAUUGGACGGUUAUCAAGAAAUGAAAUUCUAAACCUAUGGAAUUCAUCUGAAAAAGAGCUAUUGAAUCGUUUAGAGAUGACAAUACAACAGAAUCGUGUAUUGGAAGAGAAGAUAAAAUUAUUACAACGAAUGUUGAAAAAACCACCUUGAUGGAAUUGAACCAAAAAAAAAAAUUUCUAUGUUUAUUCGA